AUGAAGUUGGAAGAAUUCAUUAAAUUGAAACAGCUAGAAGAGAUGUUAAAUUCGAUUCAAUUGGAUGGAAGAAUUAAAUCAAAAUAUAAAACAGUUAACCACAGUGUGUUAAGUACUCUAAAGAAGGAUAAAUUCAUUUAUGGGAAGUUACAAUGGAUUGAUAGCGAUAUGCACAGAAUCGACCUCUAUCUUGAGAAGGAGAUAUUCAAUGAAGUCUACUAG